AUGAGGCUCGCCACUUCCCUUUCCUCCCGCAUCGCACCUCCCUUUCCUUCCACUUCGCGCUUCCCUUUCCCUCCACUUCGCGCUUCCCUUUCCCACCGCUUCGCACUUCCCCAAACGCCCGCGUCGCACCUCCCUUUUCCCCCAGGUCGCACCUCCCUCUUCCCCCAGGCCGCACCUCCCUUUUCCCCCAGGUCGCACCUCCCUCUUCCCUCAGGUCGCACCUCCCUUUUCCCCCAGGUCGCACCUCCCUUUUGGGCCAGGUCGCACCUCCCUUUUGGGCCAGGCCGCACCUCCCUUUUCCCCCAGGCCGCACCUCCCUUUUCCCCCAGGCCGCACCUCCCUUUUCCCCCAGGUCGCACCUCCCUUUUCCCCCAGGUCGCACCUCCCCUUUCCCCCAGGCCGCACCUCCCGGGACUCACCUCCCCAGCGCACCUUCGCACUCCCUCCAAUCCCUUCCUUUCACUUUGUUGUUAA